GAGAGAGAGGGAGAGAUAGAGAGAGAGAGAGAGAGGGAGGGAGAGAGAGAGAGAGGGAGAGAGAGAGAGGGAGGGAGAGAGAGAGAGAGAGAGGGAGGGAGAGAGAGAGAGCAGCCCUCUUCCCCCACGAGAUCGUCGCCUGUCGCAUCGGAGAGGAGAAGGAGCCGUUCCUGUCCGUCCGCCUUCCAAACGUUUUCUUCGUUCCUGCCUCGUGUCCUCCAGCCAUGGACGUCAAACAGCAGCCGCCGGCCGACUACCAGCAGCCGCCGGCCGACUACCAGCAGCAGCCCCCCGCCUACCAGCAGCAGCCGGGCGCCUACCAGCAGCAGCCGGGCGCCUACCAGCAGCCGCCGGGCGCCUACCAGCAGCCGCCGGGCGCCUACCAGCAGCCGCCGGGCGCCUACCAGCAGCAGCCGGCCGUCUACCAGCAGCAGCCGGCCGUCUACCAGCAGCCAGCCCCUCAGCCAGCAUACAGCCCGACCCAGGUGGUGACGGUGACCACCACCAACACCCAAAGCCGUGGGACCUGGAGCACCGGCAUGUGCGAUUGCUGCUCUGACAUGGGCACCUGUUGCUGCGGUCUUUGGUGUUUCCCCUGCAUGCAGUGUCAGACGGCCAGUAUGAAUGGCUGGUGCUGCUGCAUGCCAUUAUUGGACGCCUGCUGCGUGGUGUCCUGCUUACUCCGUUCCUCCAUCAGAGAGCGCCACGGCAUCCCUGGCUCGUGCUGCGACGACUGCUGUAAGCUGUACUGGUGUUUUCCGUGCGUCUGGUGCCAGAUGAACCGUGAGCUGAAGAUCAGGGGCAAAGGGCAGGGCCCUACCUCCGUGGUCACCACGCAGAUCAUCAGUGGAUAGGACGCCACCGCCGAGAAACAUGACGAUAGGUCAUAGCAACUGCUUGUUACCGUUCUUAUUUUUGUAAAGACAAAAGAAAAAUAAACAAAAGGUUUUGUUAUGUUGUCAAUGUUCGAUGGGAGACAAAGGAGAAGCCCACAGCAAAGAUUGAGAUGUUUUGAUUCCACUUUUAUAUCAUUGUGUAGUUCUUUUAUAUAAUGUCACACGAUACAAUGUCGUGUCAGCUUCUUUCUUUUUUUUGCCUUCAUUUCCUGCUGUCGCACCUUCAAGUUUAAUCUGCGUUAAAGAAAUCUGAACAACCUGUACCUUGUCCAACCACAAUAAACAUUCCUUUUACAUCA